AUGCACUUCUGUGUGCGGCGGGUCGUCUUUUACGGCUUCGUUUGGACGGCAGGGGAUUUCUUCGCGCAGUUCUACGAUGCUCACAGGGAAGCGGCGGCACGGCGUGCCCGUGGUGAGAAGCGUGAGGAGUCGCGUCCGACUGGGGCGCAGAUGUUGGGGAUGCUGGACAAGGAGCGCCUCGGACAUAAUGGACUCUUCGGACUCCUGGCUGGUGGCGUUAUCGGGCAUUACGAGCACCUCAUCCCCCGUAUCUUUGGCCCAUUAACACGGCACAUAACACCGUGUCUAUUGGCACUUGGGCUCCAGCAGCUGUUGGUGACGCCUCUCAUCCUUUGGUCCUACUUUAACGCGAUGACCGCAGGGCGCGGAGGGCUAAGCGACCCGAGCUUUAUGAGAGAACACAGCUUUGGUGCACAUCGACGACACGACCUCGCCAGCGUGGAGCGUCACAUCCUUUAUGAUGUGAUGCCGUAUCCGCUUCUCGUUUCGUGGGGCGUGUACACGCCGCUCUUUAUUCUGGCGUACAUUGGUCAACACCGUGCAUCCACGGUCCUUUCGUGCUGCCUCCACGUGCCGUGGUGCGGCCUCCUUUCCCACAUGCAGAAGAGUGACCUCCUUUAG